AGGCGCCUCUGGUACCGUGGGGUUGAGCGCUGCCUGGUUUUCCCUGACCUUUCUACCUCUCCGGCUUCUCCAGAGCUCUUCAGCAUGUCCCUCAACGCCAAGACCAAGGUGCGAGGGCUGAUCGAAAUCAUCUCCAACGCUGCCGAGUACGAGAACAUCCCCAUCAGGCACCACGAGGACAACUUGCUGCGGCAGCUGGCUCAAAAAGUUCCCCACAAGCUGACCAACCCCAAAUUCAACGAUCCCCACGUCAAGACCAACCUCCUGCUGCAGGCUCACCUGUCCCGCAUGCAGCUGAGCGCCGAGCUGCAGUCGGACACCGAGGAAAUCCUCAGCAAGGCGAUCCGGCUGAUCCAGGCCUGCGUGGACGUGCUGUCCAGCAACGGCUGUGUGGCCCCCAUGGGGCUGGCGCAGAUGGUGACGCAGGCCAUGUGGUCGAAGGAUUCCUACCUCAAGCAGCUGCCUCACUUCACCUCCGAGCACAUCAAGCGCUGCACCGACAAGGGGGUCGAGAGCGUCUUCGACAUCAUGGAGAUGGAAGACGAGGACCGCAACGCCUUGCUGCAGCUCUCGGAUGCCCAGAUCGCCGACGUCGCCCGCUUCUGUAACC